AUGGGGAACAGACGGCCGGGAGGAGCGCCGCCGACCAGCAGCAGGAGCGUGGCGAGGGGCUACACGGAGGCCGUGUCGGAGGCUCCCCGCUUGCGGCCGCAUGGAGCCCCAGCCUCAUCGGUUUCGGGGAGCCCAAGUCGGAGCACACCCCUUCCUGGUGAUCGGGAGAGGGGUUCCACUGGGGGAAAUGUGAUGACACCGCCUUAUGACAGGCAGCAGAACAGAGCGGUGGAGGAAGCGCGGCUCGGAGCGUCGAGCUUGGUUAAGAAGACCAGUGUGCUCAAUUCUCUGUCAAGAGGUUCAGAAGGAAUCUCUGGCUCUAGGAUGGGUGCAGAGGAGCAAUUGAUGAGUGAGCACGCCAGCAACGGGGAUGCUGGCUCUUCCUCGAAGAAGCGGCCAAGAAAAAUGGAUGCAAGAAGCUACAUCAAGAGCUUCAAGACGGGCGUAAGAGUGGGUGCCCCAGCUGCCUUCCUCUACUACUGUAGCCGUGGCAAGGACGUCAAGGCCCUGAACUUGACGUACAAGGAUGGCCGGCUGUCCCAGGGCUUUCCGUUCCUUGAGAACGACUGCCUAACCAGCACGUGCCUGCAUUACAGACUAUACGUGCUGGCUUAG